AUGGACAAUAAUUACCAAAACAGCAUAUGUCUGGACUUAGAGAAGGCGUUAGCUGAUGAAAGUGUGGCUCCAAUAGACCUACGUUUCUGGUUCCUCAAGGCCAUCACACAAGAUUUCUCUGAUGAUCAACUUAUCGGCGUCGGUGGCUUUGGAUCUGUUUAUAAGGGAGUGCUUCCAAAUGGGAUUAUUGUCGCUGUGAAGAAGCUUCAUGAUAACACACUUAUUGAGGUUCAAGAGAAGCAUUUCCUGCAUGAGCUGGGUAGGUUCUACCAGUACUAUCGACAGGCCAAACAAGCAUGCAAGCCAAUGAGAAUUAUUGCAUCCAUGGCGCCAGAGCUACGUCCUUAUUGGUCAAGCGAGAGUGCGCUGCUGGAUGUCCACCCUCUCGAGCUCUGCUUUCCCUUCGAGGCCAAAAAGAUGGUAAGGCAAGAGACACCGCCAUUAGAUGCGGGCAUGUUUGAGAUACUGAUGAUCUCCAUGGAGAGCAAGAAGGACCUUCAAAAUCUGGAGUCAUCCAUUGACAAUGAUUCCCAAAAAAAUGAUGAUGAUUUAUUGAAGCGAGUGGAAGAGUUGGAUGGUGAGGUACAUGCUGCCGUGUUGAAGGCUGUCAUCUGCCCACCAAAGGAUCCUGCCCCUAAGGGGAAGGUGCGCCUUCUAGGCACCCCUUCUUUUCACCCUUUCCGCCUCCCUGACCUUUUUCAACCCAGCGUGCGAAAGGAGACUAAGACCUCUUCGGACCUUCCAGACGGAUUGCAUUUCGAAAGCAGCGUUCCCAUUCCACCAGCUGUGAAUGCUAUGGAAUUGCAGGCAGUUUUCUGGGAUGGUGAAAGGAGAACAAGCAAGGAGGAGGCAGAAUGGCAGCUGGCAUGCUAG